GUGUAGAAUUGCCUAUUCGGUUCUCUCAGACACUCAGAGUAAUAUUUCGGUAAUGCACUCUUGUACAGGUUGAGGGUUUGGAGAUGUAUAGGGAGGAGGGAGAUAUUUGGGACGCAGCCCAACUUUUAUUUUGGCGCUCCAGAUCACAAUGCUUAGUCAUGGUGACUUUAUGGCUUUCCCUCGCUCUCCUGUGGAGUUUAGAAAGCAGUGCAGUGCAAGAAUUCAGCCGUGUCACUUUGAAUAGGAGGUUUUGUAUUCGAGCAAGCAGUUAACGACGCUAGAUUGAAACCCAGCACCUUUUCCAAGCCAUUCAGUCCCGGAGUGAUCAGCCGUGGUGGUGGAGGAACGGACUAAAUAACCUCUGGCACUUCCCCCCCCCUCCCCUCAUACUGGCCCGAAACCAGCUAGAUUUGAUUGCUGUAGUGAGAAAGUCAUUGAAGCAAUGAGUUUUUAACAAGCCUUUUGAAAUACGACUUGUUAGCGGAUUCCGACCUGACAGAUUUGUUUGAAAUGGCGUUUUAGAAAGUCUGUGUUGAUCUAGUCCCAAUCCAGGAGGAGCUUUAAACGUGCCGAGUGUUUGGCCGCCAAGCUGAUUCCCAUCCACCUGGAAUUGCCAUUCCAUUCUUGUUACUGUGGCUCUCAAAAGUUUCUUCUGUUACUGCCAUUACUACAUUUGCAACAGCAAGUCACAUUCAGAUUCCUUCCUUCAGAGCUCAUUUACAGUUCCUUUUUUCUGAUUAAUGGACCUCGUGGAACAGGACGAUGUUUAGGAUGUAAGCAGACCACAGGCUUUCUAAUAAAAGGUGUGCCUCGUUUCCAGAAACUCCAAAAUGGAUAAUACAUUGCAUGUCGACAUGGAGGUGAUCCACAGACUGGAGUUUGUGCCCGAUAGCGCACCGUAAAGAGAGCGUUUCAGCAUAAAAAGAGAAAGCCAGUGCGCUAUAAAGGAAGGUGUUUCCCUAAUGUUGCUUGCGCAUUCUUGUAAAGAAAGAUAACUUGGCCAGAACUUUGUAAAAUCUUGGUUUCUCUGUACGCGUCUCGCACUGGCGAGUGAGGAUGAAGGCGCCGGGCCGCGGGCGCCGCUGAGCAUGUACGCGGCGUCAGGAAUGACAGAGUGCAAGGCCGAGGUGACGCCGUCGACACGCAAUGGCCACCGGGUGUUCAGCUACACGCUCGAGAGCCACACCGCAGCUGCCUUUGCCAUCAUGAAUGAGCUGCGGCUCGAGCAGCAACUCUGUGAUGUCACGCUGCGAGUGAAAUACAACGACCUGGAGGCUGUGGACUUUGUGGCACAUAAGGUGGUGCUGGCAUCCUCCUCACCCGUCUUUCGUGCCAUGUUCACCAAUGGUCUGAAGGAGUGCGGCAUGGAGGUGGUGCCUAUCGAAGGGAUCCACCCCCGGGUAAUGAGCCGGCUGAUCGAGUUUGCCUACACGGCAAGCAUCUCCGUCGGAGAGAAGUGCGUCAUCCACGUGAUGAACGGAGCUGUGAUGUAUCAGAUCGACAGCGUGGUGAAGGCCUGCUGCGAUUUCUUGGUGCAGCAGCUGGAUCCGAGCAACGCCAUUGGCAUCGCCAACUUUGCCGAGCAGAUUGGCUGCACAGAGCUGCACCAGAAAGCCCGCGAGUACAUCUACAUGAACUUCAGCCAGGUGGCGACGCAGGAGGAGUUCUUUAACCUCUCUCCGUGCCAGCUGGUAACACUGAUCAGCCGUGACGAGCUGAACGUACGCUGCGAGUCUGAGGUGUACCAUGCAUGCGUGGCGUGGGUGCAGUAUGAGCGUGACGAGCGGCGACCCUACGUGCAGGCGCUGCUCCAAGCCGUGCGAUGCCACUCGCUUCCGCCGCACUUCCUGCAGCGCCAGCUCGAGCACUUCGAGUGGGAUGCACAGAGCAAGGACUAUCUAGCACAGAUCUUUCAGGACCUGACCCUGCACAAGCCCACCAAGGCAGUGGCUUGCCGCACACCGAAGGUACCGCAGCUCAUCUACACAGCAGGCGGCUAUUUCCGCCAGUCGCUGUGCUACCUCGAGGCAUUUAACCCGGGAACUGGCACCUGGCUGCGUCUGGCGGAUCUGCAGGUGCCCCGCAGUGGCCUGGCAGCGUGCGUGAUCAGCGGGCUCUUCUACGCUGUUGGAGGAAGGAACAACGCGCCUGAUGGCAACAUGGACUCCAACACACUGGACUGCUACAACCCGAUGAACAACUGCUGGCUCCCGUGCGCCCCAAUGAGCGUCCCCCGGAACCGAAUUGGCAUCGGAGUAAUUGAUGGUAUGAUCUACGCCGUUGGGGGCUCGCAUGGAUGCAUCCAUCAUAACAGCGUAGAGAGAUAUGACCCAGACAGAGACUCAUGGCAGCUGGUGGCCCCCAUGCUGACCCGGCGAAUAGGGGUGGGCGUGGCUGUCAUUAACCGCCUCCUCUACGCUGUGGGUGGGUUUGAUGGAACGCAUCGUCUGAGUUCAGUGGAGUGUUACAACCCCGAGAAAGACGAAUGGAGGAGCACGGCACCCAUGAACACUGUCCGCAGCGGAGCAGUUUCCUCAGGUGUGUGCGCGUUGAGUAACCACAUCUAUGUAAUGGGCGGCUAUGAUGGCACCAAUCAGCUGAACACAGUGGAGCGUAACGAUGUGGAGAUGGACAGCUGGACCUUCAUCUCGUCAAUGAGACACCGGCGCAGUGCACUGGGAGUCACCACCCACCAAGGACGCAUCUACGCACUCGGAGGAUAUGAUGGGAACACGUUUUUGGACAGCGUGGAGUGCUAUGAUCCUGAAACGGACACAUGGACCGAGGUCACGAGAAUGACCUCUGGGCGGAGCGGGGUUGGCGUUGCGGUUACCAUGGAGCCGUGCCAAAAGGAUUGUCAGAAAGACUGUCAGAAAGAUUGUCAGAAAGAUUGUCAGAAAUUCUAGUGCCUCUGAUCCUCUUCUGCCCUUUUUUUUUCCUUCCAUAGUUCUAUCCCUUCCACUUUCAGCCAGGAUCAUCAGUGAUUUAUAAUUCUGGUGCUUCAAGAACUUCAAUAGUCUUCUAUAAAUGAGAGCAAACGGGUUUCUGGACUUUUGACAGGGUUCACAAACAAAGCCGUGGUGUUGUCAAUGAGAUCACAGAGAAUAUAAGAUGCUUCCAGACAGGACUGGUUAAUAUAUUUUGUUGUCAUUGUUGCUGGUUUUAUAGCCAGACCACAGGCAUUGAGAUGAUUAAUGUGAGUCAAAUUGUGUCUCCUGUUUGUAUUACUGACCAGCCAAGUCCGUCUAAACCAAACGUGAGCACUGGAUAAAACUAAAAAAAAAAAAAAGCUUAACAUUUUUCCUUUAGUAGAAGUUGCAGAUCAGCACCUUGGACCACAGAUGUCAACAUUUUAAAGUGCCAUUAUUGUAUCUCACAACACGUUUCAGUAUCCGAGUCUGUGCUGCUGUACAGAGAGCUAUAAUGCCAGGCACUAGGACCCAGAGAGGCAUCGGGCUGGUUUAGAGAAAAGUCAAAUUUACACAAUCUUCCAUUUAUGCUAAAUCUAUUUGAUCAGCCUAAACGUGUUUUGUAUCUGACGUUUGCUUCUUUAGUUUUGCACCAGGCUAAGAAGUAAGAAAUGUCUAUCUUGCAUAAAUAUCCUGUUCUUCAGGAAUACGCCUACUUGAGAAGCUGUGCAUUGGGACCAAUCUCAUUGUAGUAUACUGAUUAGUACAGAUACUACAGUUAAAAAGAUGUUCAAAGAUCAGUUUAAGUGACCCGUUUCUAUUUUGGGAAACAGAACGAAGUUCAAGAUGGAGUGGAGGCCAAAACAAAAAGAUUAGGAGUGGAUGGCAGUGGCAUUAAAAAAAAAAAUCCCUCUGACUACCUCGACCUGGAGGUUAUGCUGAAGAUGAUGAUGAUGAUGAUCAUCAUCAUAUAGCUCUUACUAUCUUGCAACCGUAUUUGUUUCAAAAUGACAUCGCAUGGGUUACAGCUUACGAAUAUCAUUUGAAGCAGAUAUUUUUCAAAAACAGAUAUGGUAUGUGACAGACUUCCAUAGUUUUGGAAACGCAGUGCAAAACAUAAUUCAGACAUUAAACAUGAUUCAAGCUGAUUGAGUACAUUUGGUGAGUUUUUGUAAAGCCCAUGUUCUGGUUCCGUUCAUCAGGUCAUCAAGUGCUUCUCAAGACAGAUUGAUUCAGGCAUAUUGAAACGGGAAAUACUUCGUUCAACUCAUUAGGUAAUUAUCCAUGUCUUUUUAUAGGACUCCGAUUCAACAUGUAUUAGCCAAUUGCUCAUUUCAUGAUCUUCAUUAAAAGUAUGUCCUUCAGAUGUGUGCUUAGAAACACUUGUAAAUCAGCGCCUUUUGUAAUUAACUACUAGUGAGUUGAAUCAUCUUACACAAGGUGAAUGUUAUAAUGCUGGGAACCACGGUUGCGUAACCCUGGUUAUUGAAUCACUUGAUUCAGUUUAGUGUUUUCUCUGCUGAAGUCACUUGUUAAUUCGUAAACCUUUCAUGAGUGUGCGUUUUGUCUAGAUGCCCUGUGUUUGUUUAAAAAGCGUCUCGUUUGAAAGUGUUUCAGGGUCCAGACUGAACCUGAGGAAAACAGUAUCUGAAAUCCAAGAGCACAAAUGAAGAAAGUCUGAUCAAACUGAUAUGAAUGUCUGAUACGAAUGUUUUGGAAAGGAAUGGAGAAGAAUGUUGGUCUGGUCAUCAUGCAGUGCUGGAAAAAAAAAAAAAAAGUGGGUUGCCACUUGAGGCCGACACCCCAGUCAGAACAGACGUCUUUCACGAGCAGGCAAAAGAAAUCCUGGUUUAAUGUAUUUAUAACAGUAUUUUAAGCUACAUUUUUCCCAAGAUUUUAGAAACUUCUUGGAGUUUUGUACAGGGUCUGGAUUUCUCUUUUUUUUUUUUUUUUUUUUUUGGAUUACCUGUUUGGGUCUUCCCCCCCCUCAUGCUUGGCCCUUAAGUUCCACGUUGGAAUAAACCACCUGAUCUCCUUUUUGUAUUUGUUGCAUACUGAGCAUGUGCCGUAUUUGAGACGUGACGGCGACUUGUGACUUCUCUUUUUCUAGGUCUGGCUGUUUCAAAAAAAAAAAAAAGGAAGUAGUUUUUGCUUUGAGGGUUUAUUACUAACAUUGAGAGAUAAUUUAAAGACUGCUUUGUACAUUUUACAGCAAUCAAUGUAUUGUACAACACAUUGUGUAUUAAAGAUACCUGUUUAUUGUA